AUGCUGUUUUGGCACAACCAGCCAGAGCACCUAUGGCCCAGCCCCGGGGAACUGUACCCAGGGCCGCCAAGUGGCUUGCUCAGGGAGUCCCUGCCCUUGUCCUACCUGAAGCAGGAGGAGCUGCCCAACAUCCCCAGCUCGGAGCCUCCCUGCCCUGCAUUCCAGUACGUGCUCUGUGCGGCCACCUCCCCGGCUGUGAAGCAGCAGGAAGAGACCCUCACCUACCUGAACCAGGGCCAGUCCUAUGAGGUGCGGAUGCUCUGCGACCCCAAGCUGAGCGAUGCUACCCAGUGGGCCCGGCUGGUGAAGAGCGUGGUGCGUGUGGUUUUCCACGACCGGCGCCUGCAGUACACAGAGCAGCAGCAGCUGGAUGGGUGGAGGUGGAGCCGGCCAGGGGACCGCAUCCUGGACAUCGAUGUGCCACUGUCCGUGGGGGUGAUAGAACCCCAAGUGCUGCCCUCACAACUCAACACAGUGGAGUUCCAUUGGGACCCGACCAAGAGGACCUCCCUCUUCCUGCAGGUUCACUGCAUCAGCACCGAGUUCACUCCUCGGAAAAAAGGUGGAGAGAAAGGUGUCCCCUUCCGCCUCCAGAUUGACACUUUCAAGCCUGGCGACAAGGGCCUUCCACCUGAGCACCUGCACUCAGCUGGCUGCCUCAUCAAGGUGUUCAAGCCCAAAGGAGCUGACCGCAAACUGAAAACAGACCGGGAGAAGCUUGAGAAACAGCCCCUGCAGGAGAGAGACAAGUAUCAGGCUGCCUGUGAGAGUACGGUGUUCGUGGAGUGUUCGCCGUGGCCAGAUGCCAGUGCGGGGCCCUCCUCGCCGCUCAGCCCCCUUGCUCUGACCUCGCCCCACUCCUGCAAGCUCCUGUCCCCGGACAGGCUCUGCUCCUCCCCGCCGCUCGCCUUGGACACCUUGGGGGGCAGCCCCGUUGAGGAUCUGAACCCUGGAGCCUCGAUCCUAGAAACGCAGCAGUGGUUGCACCAGCACCGGUUCUCCAGCUACUGCCGGCUGCUGGCCAACUUCACUGGUGGUUCAGAAUCUUAAGGAUGAAUCAUACUUUGUGGCUGUGGUGAAAAAAGUGCAGAAUCCAGACGGCUACUACCUGGUUCUCACCUAGACCCAGGGACACCCCGCUGCAAGAGUUGGAGACUGACGCCAGCCUGGUUCUCUGGGGGCCCCACGUUCACCAGAAGCCUUGCUGAAAUCCUCAGCUCCUUCUUCGGGCUCCAGGUGAAGCGUCAUGUCCAACCCCUAGAGAGGAGGGAACAGCUCCAGGCUCCCAUCUCUCUGCUCAGCAGCCGCUGCUGGCACCUGGCUGGGCACAGCCUCCCAAGCUCAGCCCAGCUGGCCAAGCCUGUGAGGAACAGCACCUGCCGGUAUGGGUAAGGCGCCUCUGCCCCAAGCAAUGCUGCCUGAACAUGGCGUGCACUGAUUCACAUUUAUUUAAAAUUGUAUUCGCCCUUUCCUUCUUUUAAAAUUAAAAGUUAAUUUGAAAAAGCG